CAUGGCGACCGGUCCAACUGAGAAAAGAGGGAGGAAAAUUGGGAUUUAACUGCAUCUGCACGGAGCUUGAAACAGUUGUUAUGAAUGAGGGGACACGGGAUUUCACGCGAUGCUGUCAGUGAGCUGAGAACAUAUUCACAGCGUCAUUGUAACGAUGUCGUUUUUUAAACGGAAAGCAAAAGGAAAGGAGCUCGAGAGGCCCGCAGCUGAAGUCAGAGUCGGUCGAGGUCCCCUGGUGCCCCACUCCCCGUCGUCCAGCCCGCGUAACCAGCAUGCCAUCCUGGAGGCGGCGGGCCCCAGCCAUGUGGCCAUCAACGCCAUCUCGGCCAACAUGGACUCCUUCGCCCGCGGCCGCACCGCCAUCCUCAAGAAGCAGCCCAGCCACAUGGAGGCUGCGCACUUUGGGGACCUCGGGCGCUCGAGCGUGAACUACCAGGCGCAGGAGACGCGUUCGCGGCUCUCCAAGACGGUGGAGCAGGUGCUGCGGGACCACGUGGCCAUGCCCUACUACAUCCAGUUCAUGGAGACGCGGCAGGCCGACCACCUGGUGCGCUUCUGGCUGGAGGCCGAGAGCUUCCGCUCCACCAGCUGGUCGCGGGUGCGGGCGCACAGCCUCAACUCCGUCAAGCACAGCGCGCUGGCCGAGCCCGUGCUGGUGGACUCCUCCCCCGCCGGCUCCCCUGACUCGCCCCCGGAUGCCGCCACCAUGCCCAUGCACUCGGGAGGGGACGCGGAGAUGAUGGAGCUCCCGGACCCCUUCUCCUCGCAGCCCUCCUCCAGACCCAUGACCCCCAGCCCGCAGGACGUGAACUCGCACGGGGGCGCCCCCCUUCCACCACUCCUCCAACACCAACACCACCGCAACUCCUCCUUCAGCUCGGACGGCUUUGGGGUGCCCAGGCCUGGCACUCCCCAGCAGCAGCAGCAGCAGCAGCACUCCUCCUCCAGGGCGGACACUCCAACCCGGCACCUCUCCACCUCCUCCACCUCCUCCUCGCGCACGGGGACCCCGCUCAAGGCCCAGGCCUCCACCGCACUGAGGGAGCUGUCAGACAAGCUCAUGAAGAGUAUAGAGAGGGAUGCCGUGAACAUUUUCACCAAGUACAUCUCUCCAGAUGCUGCUAGACCUAUUCCCAUCACGGAACAGAUCAGAAACGAUAUUGUUGCUAAGAUCUGUGGAGAGGAUGGGCAAGUGGAUCCUAACUGCUUCGUCAUUGCACAGUCUGUCGUCUUCGCCAUCAUGGAACAACAGCACUUUAGUGAGUUCUUGCGCAGCCAUCAUUUCUGUAAAUACCAGAUCGAGGUGCUGACCAGUGGAUCCGUUUUCCUGGCGGACAUCCUGUUCAGCGAGUCCGCCCUCUUCUACUUCUCGGAAUACAUGGAGAAGGAGGAGGCUGUGAACGUGCUGCAGUUCUACCUGGCGGCGGAUAACUUUCAGGACCAGCUCGCUUCUAAGAAAGGCCAGUACGACGGCCAGGAGGCCCAGAACGAUGCCAUGAUCCUCUAUGACAAGUAUUUUUCUCUCCAGGCCACCAACCCCCUGGGCUUCGACGACUCUGUGAGGAUGGAGAUCGAGUCCAAUAUCUGCCGUGAGGGCGGACCCCUCCCGGACUGUUUCACUACUCCGCUCAGGCAGGCCUGGACGACUAUGGAGAAGGUCUACCUGCCAGGCUUCUUGUCCAGUAACCUUUACUACAAGUACCUGAGUGACCUUAUCAAUGCGGUGCGGGCCGACGAGUUCACCGGGGGGAACGCCGGCACUGCGGGAAACAGUGCGCCGUCAGACAACGACCGGGGCGCCAACGCCUUGGAAGGGUCACAGGCCCAGGGAGCCAAGAAAGCUGCGAUUAAGAUUUUGAAGAACUUUGACGAGGCGAUCACAGUCGACAUCUCAAGCCUGGACCCUGAGUCUUUGUAUCAGCGGCCCUACGCUGGGAGGAUGACGUUUGGGAAAGUGAAUGAACUCGGACAAUUCAUACGAGAGGCCGAGCCUGAACCUGAUGUGAAAAAAUCUAAAGGUUCCAUGUUUUCACAAGCAAUGAAGAAAUGGGUGCAGGGGAAUUCAGACGAGGCACAAGAGGAGAUGGCCUGGAAGAUAGCCAAGAUGAUUGUCAACGAUGUCAUGCACCAGUCACAGCACGACAGCCCCGGAGUCAAGUCCACUAAGGUACGAGGAGGCUGUGACAUUUAACUGCCCUCUAUGACACUUGUGCCACGGAGAACCAAAGUUGCUGUCCUUCCCUCGCCCAACCCCACCCUCCUCUCCCCUUCCCCUCUCUCGCUUAUAUAGCCCGGAACUGAAUGGACACAGCCCCUGUGUUGGAACCGCACACUCCACACAACCGUCAGAACAAUAUUCCUAAUGAAGAUCAAUCGAGGCAUUCCAGAACUUCCUUGCAUUGCAUUAGAACGGACUGAGCUCUGUUGGGAAAAAGGUGCGGAUGGAAGGGAGCAUGUUUUCAAAAGUAUGUUUGUGCGUACAGCAUUACACACACACACACACACACACACACACACACAGACACACACACACACAAAGACAUGGAUUUAUCCUUACCUUCUGUAUAUCAAGCGCUAGGCAAGACUUUUUAAGUGACCUGAAGACAAAAAAAUUGGCACGCAGCAGGGAGAGUAAACAAAGACAUUGCACAAAAAAAUGAAAGAAAGAAAAAAAACAUCAGACGUUACUGAACAAAGGCCCGAGGGAAGAAGGAUGCCAGGAGGAAACUUGUAGGCUGUAGAACUUCAAAAAGCCUCUGCGUUGAUAUUCAGCUGUUACCAUGCCAACCAGAGAAGGAAGGGCACAGGAGUGUGAAGGAGGCUUCCAGUCUUACUGAUGAAGACCAGAUCAUUCACCAUCUUUUCUCCCUCUCUCUGCCUUUCUCUCUCUCUGUCUUGUUCUUCCUCUGUCUCUUUCUCUCUGGUUUUAUUCCUCCCCUUGCUGUCUCUUCUAAAUCAUUCAUUCCUUCUUCUUGAAAGAAAUCUUUGAAAUUACGAUGCAUUUUUUUUUUAAACGAAAGGGUUACACUUCUGUGGAUAGACUUGCGUCUGCGCAUUCAUUUACAAGUGUAAUUCUUUGUUCUCCUGGAGUAUUUUUUCUCCUUGUUGUACUGGUCCUAAAUGUGAAGGUGUAUCCCCUUUGUGUACGGUUCAGGUGGGGAACGGUAGAGUCUCUGAGCAACUGGAAUGGACUUCACUGAUCUUCAGGUCUGGCGAAUUGCUCUGCCUGCUAUGUGUAGCAACUUCCUUUCACCUUAUCACUGAUGCAGGCCUUUGUUUUAAAAAGAUAAUAAAAAAUGUAAUGAAAAAGGUAAAACUCCAGUGGACUGAAGUGCUAGUUGCAAUGUAAAAAGAAAAAAAACCUCCAGGCUGUGUGCUAUGAAGAUGUAGAUUUCUGGUUUAUCCCAUGUAUUAAUGUUAGUUAUUUUAUGGUGGUUGUUGUCCUUUUUUGUUUUUGUUUUGUAUGAUAUUGAAACCAAUGUUAAAAGCAAGUCUCAUUGAUGACUGUUCAUUUACCAGUGUACUCAGUGAAGAUAAUGUUACGCUUACGUUGGACCUCAUUGAGAUGUGGAAAGGAACCAGAAAAAAAGACUUUUGGUACUAUGUACCUGUAAUAUGUUUUCUGACAUAUAUAUGUGUACCUAAUCUAUAAUAUAUUUAAAUUGUGUUUGAUUUAAAUACAUAUAUUAUUGAAA